GCAGUGUGUGGUUGGCUGCAGCUGCACGUCCUGCAUUGUUCACUGCAGAGCUGUUGCUGCACGCUGACUUUCUCGCCCUGUUUGUCGGCUAAGAUUUAAAAAAAGGAACAAUGCCAUCCACCCGCUCACAGAAACUGGCCGCCCAGCCUCCAUCCACCAGGAUGAGUUUGAGGAGCUUCCGCAGCGUCCCUCUGGUCCCCAUGGAGUCUUCUUCUUCCGAUGACAGCUGUGAUAGCUUUGGCUCGGAUGGAGGCUUUGCAAACACGAAGAACAUCUUAAGAUCCACAAGGAGGAGUGCAGAGAAGCCAAAGGUGUUUGAGGCUUCUUCAGAGGAGGAUACGUGCAGUGGGUUUAUGGAGAGCAUGAUCAACAACCAGAUGAAAGCCAUGAAAGUAGAAUCUCCGAGACGUGGCCGCAAGUCCACCAUCCUUAAGGUUGCCAUGACAUUCCCCUCUAAGAAGACGGGCAAGAAGAGGCCUGCAUCUGAACCACUCGCUCAAACCAAAGUACACAACUCCGAAUCUGAGGAGGAAGAGGAGAACUUCAUGAGCAAGAGAGCCAGUAAUAUUAAGGAGAACAAAGAAAUGCUGGCAAAGCUCAUGGCAGAGCUGAAUAAAGUACCUGGACUCUUCCCAAGGCGCAUGGCCAUGUCUGCUUCCACUACGCCUCGUAAGGCACCUCGUCGAUCAAUGGGGACUCCAGGAGCUUGUCGGAGAAACCCAGAGCGUUCGUCCCGACCCCACACACGGUCCCGUACACUGGUGGACGGACCCCCCAGCCCAACUCCAGAGGAAGAGCCAGAGGACAAGUUCAGCCUUGUUCGCAAAAGCCGCUUCUUUGAGGAAUGCGAUGAGCCGCCCCGCCGUCGCUCCUUCAAUGGCUCCAAGGCCAUCCAACAUGUAGUGCGGCCUGUUGACGAGAUCACAGAGGCAGAGCUGCAGGGAAUCUGCAACAACGUGCGGGAGAAAGUCUAUGACAGUUGCACCGGGACAACUUGCCACCAGUGCCGCCAGAAAACCACCGACACCAAAACCAACUGUCGUAAUCCAGAUUGUGUGGGGGUGAGGGGUCAGUUCUGCGGCCCGUGUCUCCGUAACCGCUACGGAGAGGAGGUUCAAGACGCUCUUCUGAAUCCGGAGUGGGAGUGCCCCCCAUGCAGAGGGAUCUGUAACUGCAGCUUCUGUCGGGCCCGAGACGGUCGCUGUGCUACGGGAGUGUUGGUGUACCUGGCUAAAUAUCAUGGCUUUGAUAAUGUGCACGCCUAUCUGAAGAGCUUGAGAAAGGAAAUGGAAGACAGCAGCAACUGAGGUGAUUUGCUGAUCGUCGACCAGACCGACCUGUUCUGACCGGUUUUAUCCACGCACCGUCCAAAUAUUGUUCAGGGUGUUUCAAGCGUUACAACCCAAUGCUUAUUGUUCCUGUUGUUUCACAUUUUGAGCAUUGACUGACAUCUGGAGGAAUCACUUUUGAGGAGUUCUUUCCAGCCUAAAUCUUGUUUUUGUUAUCUUUCCUCAUAUUUUCCUGCCUGUUCUAAAGAGCUGAGCCUUUUUACGUUAAGAAUGGUUGAUUGUAAACUAAGGUGGACCAAAACAAGAACGUUUCUCAAACAUUCCUGUCUGAUCUUAAAUGUUAAGAUUGGUGAUUAUAUUUUCCUAUAAAUCCUUAUUUUAUAGCUGAAUCAUCAAAGUUGCUCCAAAUAAAACAAUCCUGUUUAGUUGUACUUGUAUCUUACAUUGUUCUAAAUGUACAUAUUUGACACAGCCCAUUUUAACACGAAUUUGAUCUUUGUGCCUUUUUUUCUAGUAACAAAUUUAUGCUUGUGUUUUUACAAGUUUUUUUGUAGCCUUUUGUAAAUCUGCACAUGUAAAAACAACAUAUGAAUGUUUAGUUUGUAUGUGCUGUAGAAGUGACCCAUUCAUUUUGCUUCUGAGGUUGCUGCAGGUGGAAAGGGCACUGGCUCUGGGGUCCACUGCCUCUCACUUCUAAACCGAAAGGAACUGUGAUAUACUACAGCGCCUGGUUAAAUAUCCUUCAUUAGAUAACUGUCACUAAUGGUGUGGAAACAAUUAGCACCCUCUAAUGGGAAUCUCAUACCUGUAAAUCAUUUUCUCCUGUUAAAGCACAUUCUCGCUCUGCUUCAGUCUCUUUGGCUCAUUUCCUGCCUUACACUGUUAAGUAGGACUGGUUGAAGGUGCCACUGAAGAGGCAAUAGAGUUAUGGCACGCAUUUCCUGUUCAGAAGUGCGAUACUCUAAGCGAAACGACAUGAAAUUAACCUUUGCGUUGCCUUGAAAUGUACUUCAUUUGACCUGCACCAGGACACUGAUUAUACGAUACUGUUUAAAAAAAUAAUCAGUUUGAGAUUCCUUCUUCAGUGUAAUGGCAGGUGGAGGUUGUUUCGCUGCUGCCUGUGUUUAUCAGGCACUUCUCCGCUAAUGGGAAGAGUGAUGCUGAACUGUCGAUGGGAAUAUCUGUUAUGGUGAUCUUGCUUUGUGCUCAUUGGGUAACUGUAAAUGUUCAUUAAAGCUUUAAUCCCUGCUGAA